AUGUCCGGCAGCUCCCCGAGCCCGGGGGCCCCCGGGGGGCCCUCCCCCAAGGCAGCAGCAGCAGCAGCAGCAGCAGCAGAAACAGCAGCAGCAGCAGAAGACAAAAUGACUUCACAGACAGCAGCAGCAACAGCAGAACUAGCAGCAGCAGCAAAAACAGCAGCAGCAGCGCCAGGAACUGCAGCAGCAGAACCAGCAGCAGCAGAACCAGCAGCAGCAGAAACAGCAGCAGCAGCAGAGCCAGCAGCAGCAGCAAAACCAGCAGCAGCAGCAGCAACAGCAGAAGCAGCAGUUGCUGCUUUUCAUAAAGCUGUAAGAGAAGGAGAUUUUGCUGCUGCAGCAGAGACACUCAAAACCCCAGAAAACAAAUGGCUGGUCAACGCCAUGGACAGCCACAGACGGUAA